UCCUGUUUUUGUUUUUAGUGCAACAGCUGAGGAGAGCUCUCUCAUUUUUUUUAUAAAAUAGUGCAUAUUUUUAGUUUGUUUUGUUUCGUUUAGCGUUUCGUUCAGAACCGCAAUAUGUCCGCGCCAAAGAACGAGAUGUACUACAGCCUGCUGGAGUGGUUCAAGACCCUCAACCUGAACGCGCCGCACUCGGAUGCGGAAUCCCUGGCUGACGGUGUGGCACUGGCCCAGGCCCUUAACCAAUUUGCCCCAGAAUCUUUCACUGAUGCCUGGCUGUCUAAGAUCAAGGCCAGUGCCGUGGGCAGCAACUGGCGGCUCCGGAUGAGCAACCUGAAGAAGGUUACUCAGUCCGUGUACGAUUAUUAUAGCGAGGUGCUCAACUACUCGCUGAGUGAUUUCUCUAAACCGGAUCUGCAGAGGAUCGCUGAGAAAUGUGAUCUUGGCGAGUUGGAGAGGCUGUUGCAGUUGGUCCUUGGGUGCGCCGUAAACUGCGCCAAAAAGCAGUCCUACAUUACGGAGAUUAUGUGUUUGGAGGAGGAGCUGCAGGCGAACAUUAUGCGCGCUCUGCAGGAGCUAGAGUCCACGAGACAAGCUUCUUCCCCGGAAGGCGGCGUAGUUAGUUCCCUUUCGCGCAGCUCCAUCAGUGGAAUCCUGGACAGCAAGGCUGUGCAAGAAGAGCGGGACGCCAUGGCACAAAAGUGUUUUGAAACGGAGAAGAAAAUGCUUUUGCUUAUUGAUGAGAAAACGAACUUACAGCAGGAGUUGCAAAAGCUGCAGCAAGAGUUUGCCCGCCUGGAGCAACACUCCACGGUUAUUGGAGACGAUGGAGUCUCCUUGGGACCAGUCCAAACCGGAUCUGUGCGCUACAACGAGCUGCGACGUCAACUGGAACUCCUUAAAGAGGAGCUGCUGCAAUCCGAAGGAGCCCGCGAAGAUCUGAAACUCAAGGCCCAGCAGCAAGAUUCCGAUCUUCUUCAUAUGCAAUUGCGCAUCGAGGAACUUAUGAAAAGCUCUGCUGAGGUAACCACGCUCAAAGACGAGGUAGACGUUCUUCGAGAGUCCAAUGACAAGCUGAAGAUUUGCGAAGCCCAGCUUGACACAUACAAAAAGAAGCUUGAGGACUAUAACGACCUGAAGAAGCAGGUAAAAAUUCUGGAGGAACGAAGCGCCGAUUAUGUGCAGCAAAAUGCGCAGUUUGAGGAGGACGCCAAGCGAUAUGCCAACACCAAAGGCCAAGUGGAGUUGUUUAAGAAGGAGAUCCAAGACCUGCAUGCCAAACUAGACGCCGAGAGCAGCAAGAACGUUAAGCUGGAGUUUGACAACAAGAAUUUGGAGGGCAAGAAUCUGGCCCUGCAGAGAGCAAAGGACAGUUUGCUUAAGGAGCGCGACAAUCUGCGCGAGACUGUCGAUGAGCUGAAGUGCGGACAAUUGUCCUCGAAUUCGGCCCUGACUGGCACCACAGUUUCACGGGAAUUGCAACCAUCUGCCACCGUGGAGAAACUACAGCGUUUGGAAGCGGAGAACAAGGCGUUGCGUGAGGGGCAGGGUGGCCAGACAGCUUUGGCGCAACUUCUGGAUGAUGCCAAUAAACGUUGCGAGAAUUUGCGUGAGCAGCUAAAGACAGCCAAUGAACGUAUACUUUCCCUGUCGCAUGCAUCGCAAAGCGAUGACCCAAUUUUAAAAGAAAGCGAGUUUGGCAAGCAAAUUAAACAGCUGAUGGAGCUAAAUGAACAAAAGACACUUCAAUUGGAGGAGGCAGUAACUCAAAGCACUUCCCUACAAUGCAAGGUGACUCAGCUGGAAACUAAUUUAUCUGCACGUGAACAAGAAAUUUUGGCGUACGACGCCAAAUAUCGAAAAUGCGUGGAGAAGGCCAAGGAGGUGAUCAAGAGCAUUGAUCCGCGAAUAGCUAGUGCUCUAGAUGCCAACGUCCUGGAGAAAAGUGCUGAGCUGGUCGAGGAGGAACCGAAGCCCAAGAUGAGUGUGAUGGAGGAGCAGCUGAUGACCUCCGCCUUCUACCGGUUGGGUGUGAAUGCACAGCGCGAUGCGAUCGAUUCAAAGCUCGCAAUCUUGAUGGGCUCGGGACAGACAUUCCUUGCCCGCCAGCGACAGUCUGCGCCUCGCAAAUCCCUAAGUGCAAUGAAAUCAAAGUAGAACCCAAGAACCUGAUGUGUAGGCUAAGUCUCCUUUUUCUCGUUUGAAAAUUUAUAUAAAUAAUAUAUAAUACAAGUAUUUAUUGGACCUCCGCAUGGAUCUGUAUCGUAUUUAUAGAAUGUAUCUUAAUAAAAAUACUAAAAGUUA